CCUAUCUGUUUCAUUCAUUCCAUUUUGUAGCUUCUUACUAAUCAUUUUGUCCUCGUUUCUUUCACUUUACUGCUCUCUGCUCUUCCCGUCAUCUGCAGAUCAUUUUAUAAUCAUAAACUCCAAUCACAUUUCUCCAUGGAGACAGUGGAAUUCAAGGUGGAGAUGGUCGGCAUACAUGAGAAAAGACUCAGGAAAUCCUUGUCAAAAUUGAGAGGAAUAGAGAAAGUGGAAGUAGAUGCUAAUAGCCAGAAGGUGGUGGUAACAGGGUAUGCACACAGGAACAAAAUACUUAAAGCCAUAAGGAGAGGAGGUCUGAAAGCUGAUUUCUGGUCUGCACAAAACGAGCUCCUUAAUGCGUAUGCCUGCAGUGCAAGUUAUGGAAGCUUGAGAUUUAACAACUUCAACUUCUUUUGAAACAGUUUUUCGUUUUAAUUAUUUUUUGAAAUCCCUUAUGUGGGAUGGUAUACAAAGGUUGUGCUUUUGUGUUUCUCACAUUUUGUUUUAUUUUUCUUUCUUCUUUUUCCUUUUUCCUUUUUUAAAAGGAACUAUCUCACGGUGAUAGUGAUACAUAAGAGUAAAAUUUUGCAGAUUUCCCAUCCUUUUUUUCACAAUUAAAAUGCUCGAUAAUCCAUUCUCAGAGACAGAACUACAAUUAACAAUACUAUCAAAUAUUCUGUUUUUUCGACACUUUUGGUGA